UUCAGGUACAGUAGAGAUGGACGGAGCCAAUGAGAGCACCCAGGGAAAUUUCAUCCUUUUGGGGUUCUCUGACAACCCCCACCUGGAGGGUAUCCUCUUUGUGGUCAUCCUGACUGCAUAUCUCCUGACCCUUGUGGGCAACACCACCAUCAUCCUGCUGUCCCGGCUGGACCCCCACCUACACACACCUAUGUACUUCUUCCUCACCCACCUCUCCUUCCUGGACCUGAGCUUCACCACCAGCUCUAUUCCCCAGCUGCUCUACAACCUGAGUGGACGUGACAAGACCAUCAGCUACACAGGCUGUGCCAUUCAGCUGUUCCUGUUUCUGGCUCUGGGUGGUGUGGAGUGCCUGCUCCUGGCUGUCAUGGCCUACGACCGGUUCGUUGCCAUCUGCAAGCCCCUGCACUACAUGGCGAUCAUGAGUCCCUGCCUCUGCCUGGCCUUGGUGUCGGUGGCCUGGGGCUGUGGGGUGGCCAACUCCUUAGCCAUGUCCCCAAUUACCUUACACCUACCCCGCUGUGGGCACCACAGUGUGGAUCACUUCCUGUGUGAGAUGCCUGCCCUGAUCCGGUUGGCCUGUGUCAACACAGCUGCCAUCGAGGGCACCGUCUUUGUCCUGGCAGUGGGCAUUGUGCUGUCCCCUCUGGUGUUUAUUCUGGUCUCCUACGGCCACAUUGUGAGGGCCGUGUUAAGUAUCCGAUCGUCCUCAGGAAGACACAAGGCUUUCAAUACCUGUGGCUCCCAUCUCACUGUGGUCUCCCUGUUCUAUGGAAACAUCGUCUAUAUGUACAUGCAGCCAGGGAACAGCGCCUCCCAGGACCAGGGCAAGUUCCUCACCCUCUUCUACAACAUUGUCACCCCGCUCCUGAACCCCCUGAUCUAUACCCUCAGGAACAAAGAGGUGAAGGGGGCACUGAGGAGGCUACUGCUAGGUGACAGAGAGGUAAAAAAGGAGUGA